AAAAUUAUACACCAAAAGGUUGGUGAUAACGGCGUGAUAAUUUUAAAUCGACCUAAGGUAUUAAAUGCCAUAAAUUUAUCCAUGGCCCAAAAAAUAUAUUCCUUUCUCAAGCAAUGGGAACCUUCAAAGAAACUGGUAAUAAUGGAAGGUAUGGGUGAGAAAGCGUUUUGCGCGAGCGGUGACGUUAAAUCGCUCGCCUUGGUAUUAUUAAAUGAACCAAAAGACCAGCUUUAUCCAAUUGAACAACUAUUUAGAGAAAACUGUAUCUUAAAUCAUUUAAUUGGAACAUAUAAGAAACCUUAUGUUGCUAUCAUCAAUGGGAUAAUAAUGGGAACCGGCGUUGGAUUAGCUAUAUUUGGCAAAUACAGAAUUGCCACGAAAAAAAGUGCUGUUCCAGAAACGGCAAUAGGAUUGUUUCCUGAUGUUGGCGCGACUUAUUUUUUAUCUAGAUUGAGAGGCAAAUUGGGUACCUAUUUAGGUCUGACAGGGUACAAAUUGAAAGGUAUCAACGUUCUUCUUGCUGGGAUCGCGACGCAUUUUGUACCAUCAGAGAAACUCAUGGAUUUGAAACGUGAUUUGUUAACAUUGUGUCAAGUCGACAUUGAGUCUGUUUUAGACGAAUAUCAACUGAAAUUAAAUGAUGAAUUCAGUUUGACACCUCAUAUGUCACAAAUAGAAAAUUGUUUCUCUGCCCCAACCGUUGAAGAGAUAAUUGAAAGACUGAAGAAAGAUAAUUCAGACUGGGCAAACAAAAAUUUAGAUGUACUACUUAAAAUGUUUCCGACUUCUCUCAAAAUCACCAAAAAAACAAUCGAUGAAGGAAAAGGAAAAUCCUUAGCUGAUUGUUUAAAGAUUGAGUUUAGAUUGACUUGUACCGCUUUGACCAGAGACGGUGAUUUCUAUGAAGGUGUUAGAGCUCUUCUAAUCGACAAAGAUCGGAAACCAGUAUGGAAGCCGACAUUCUUAAUUGAUGUAACAAAUGAAUAUUUAAAUAAACAAUUUGCAGUACUUCCUGUGGAGAAAGAAUUGCAGUUUUUUGUAUCAGCAAACUAUAGAAAUUAA